AUGUAUAGACAAAUACCUUUAUCUGUUGCGUUCAGUAGUGAAAACCCUGACGUCAAAAUAAAGGGGAACAGAGUAACGUUUAAGUUUCCAACAGACUGGAUUGUGAACAUAAAUGAAGAGAAGUACAUUGGCAUAACAUCUAUGUAUAUAACACGUGCUUUCAGAAAGGUUGACUUUAUACUUCAAGUCGAGAUAGAAAAUGACGAACAGUCUUUAAGCGCCCAAAACAUUCACAUAUACAAAUACUUUAAAGACGAUACAACAUUGUUGCAAUGUAUGAUUUCAUUUAAUGAGAUGUUCGAGAAAAAGUUCAACAUUGAAGUACAAACUUUACAGCCUUUACGUGAGUUUCUUGCACAACUGAAAGAAGAAGGUAGUCAGCCACAACUUAUAGACUUUCAUUAUGAAUUUAAUGAAAAUGAAGAUGGAACACAUGACUGUCAGUUUGUUGUAUUCUCACCAUUCAAUGA